CUGGUCUUCAUGUAUUCCUUUGCCGAGCAGUGAGGAAGGAGUUAAAGUUUCAGCAGGCAGAAGGCAGGACGUGACUCCGCACUCAAACUGAAAGUAAAACUAGCAGAGAAAGUCAACAACACAAGCACUUCUUGUCUCUUACCAUCGACAUGGCUGGCGCAAGAAGUCUGAUAAAUGAGAAGGACUUUGCUUGUUCCAUCUGUCUGAACAUGUUCGAUAAACCGGUGUCGAUUCCCUGCAGCCACAACUUUUGUCUCAAAUGCCUAAGUGACUUCUGGGAAAGAGCAAACAUCGUGUGCAAGUGUCCCAUUUGUCAACAUAAGUAUGAAAGAAGGCCGGCGCUCUCUGUCAAUACUUUCAUAGCUGAUAUGGUAGAUAAGGUCAAGGGUCAACAAGCCAGUGCUGCUAAUGUGCUUGAAGAGGGAUCUGUGCCUUGUGGUGUGUGUUCGGAAACGGUGGCCGCAGCAGUCAAGUCCUGCUUGGUGUGUUUCGAGUCGUACUGCGAGAGACAUCUGGAGCCUCACAUAAAGAAACCCAUUUUAAGGAAGCACAAGCUGAUCGCCCCGGUGGAAGAUCUAGAGAGCAGGAUAUGUAAAGUGCACGAGCAGCCUCUGCAGCUGUUCUGUCAAAAGGAUAAAACGUUCUUAUGUGAGCUCUGUAAGGACACGGAUGCCCAUAAAAAACACCAGAUCGUGACCGUGGAGGAGGAAGUGGCUGCACAGCGGAAAUAUCUGACCGGUGAGAAGGAAGUGACACGUCAGAUGCUGGAGGAGCGUCAGCGCAUGGUGGGCAAAAUCCAAGAUGCUUUGACUGACGGGAGAGAGGAAGCUCUGAGGCAGAGGUCUUACAGCGUGGAGGUGAUGACCGCAGUGAUCGACUACAUCAAGCGAAGCAUGGACGAACUGAUGGAAGUGACUGACACAAAUCUGAAUACUACGGCAAGGGAGGCCACGGACUUAGUUUCAGAAUUGGAGGCGGAAAUUGUGCAAAUCAGACAGAAGAAGGAGAAACUGGAUGAGGCCUCUGACCACUCUAGAAUUGAUAGCUUCCUCUUCUUUGAGAAAAAUCUGAGUGGAAAUAUCCCACAGCCAAAAGUCAGAGACUGGUCGGCUGUCCGCCUCGACACCGCCCUUCCAGGCAUGCAGCAGGUGGUCGACAUGCUCAAGGAGACGGUGUGGAGAGAAGUCCCCGUGUUGUGCGACCCAGAUCUGCGGGAAAUGCAGCAGCAUGCUGUGGAUUUAACGUUGGAUCCCGACACAGCAGACCCCUCUCUCCAGGUUUCUGCCGACAGGAAGAAGGUGUGGCUUGGGAAGAAGAAGAACGACCUCAACAACACACCCGAGAGGUUCGCUGGUGUCGAGAACGUCUUGGCGAAUGAGGGAUUCUCCGAGGGGAAAUUUUACUACGAGACACAGGUACAGGACAAGACCCACUGGAUGCUCGGUGUCGUAAAUCAAUCCAUCAACAGGAAGGGCGACAUCCGACUUCACCCCAUCAACGGAUACUGGACUGUGUGCAUGAAAAAUGGGGAGAUCAAAGGCAACGGUAAUGAUGCUGACAAAGUCUACCAGAGAAGGAUCCCCGUCAAAGUAGGGGUGUUUGUAGAUUUCGACAAGGGUCAGGUUUCCUUUUACGAUGUGGAUAUCAGGUCUCAGCUCGUCUCCUUCACUGGAUGUGUCUUUAAGGAGAAAUUGUUUCCAAUUUUCAGUCCGGGGCCUGAAAACAAAGGCAAGAAUCUGGCUCCGUUGAUCAUCACAGACCGGAAGUGAACAGAUCAGUGGGUGCACGAUGAUUUACUUUUGACCUCUCUGUGUUCACUGAGGCUCUUGAUCUCGCUCUUGCUGCCUGUCUCAUGACAUAAACUCAACAUAGUUUUUUUUUUUUGUCUGUGAUGAAUCUAUACGCUUUUGUGAUCGAGAAGAUUAGAAUUAGUUUACUUUCUUAUCUGGAAAACAAAAAUAGUAUUAACUUCAUUCAUCUUAUUCACAUAUGUUGACACAGUUCUGUGAUGACAACAAAAAAGUAUUUUGUCCUUUUUUAGAGCUCAAUGUGCCAUAGUGCCUUCAAAAUCCUUAGUAUUUUUUUUUUUCAGAUUGUUUUCCUUUGCUCUUAUGUUGUCUUAUACAUCACUGAAUUCUUCAAUAAUGAAUGGAUGUUUAGUCUUGUUUAGUUCUGUCAGAUUCACAGCUUUGUUGUGAGCUAUUAACAAAGAAUAAAGGCUGCUGAAUGAACAAGCAAAAAUAACGUCAGAAACGUAUUGAGCAGAGAGAGUUACUUUCUGGUUUCUAGUUGGCGUCACUGAGUCAUUUAGUGGCCAGAGACUGUUUUUCAUUCUGUUACCUAACUAUGCGCUUCAUUUAAUCAUUGCGGAUCAUUUGCAACCCAUUUGGAUAAGUGACUCAAGCUUGUAUUUUGUAUGAAAAAUACGGAGUCAUUCAUGCUUUUUAAUUGUGUUUUAACUGAUGCAUUCUUUAACUGCGCUUGAUCAUCUGAUCUGAUGAGUAAUGGAGGAACUUGGAACUGGAAAUGUUGCAUUUCUGUUGAUAUGAUAUUGUCAUCAUUAAAGGAUCUUUGAGACUG